GAGCUGCGGCUGACGCCGGCGGAGCUUUCAGUACCUCGGAGAACGGCUGCGAGCGCGCCGGGUGGGCAGGAACCGCCACCACCGCCCUCCUCACCCGCUCACCUGCCCCGCUCCGCUCCUCACCAGCCCCUCCCCGCCCCGCGUCCCCCCGGCGCCGGAGGGAGCCCCGUCCCGCCGGAGCGGUGCCGAGGGGAGAGCACGGCAGCGGCACAGGCUCGGUGAUCGGGACGGGCGGGGGUCCGUCAGCGCAGGGACAGGACGGGUGGUCAGCCCGGGACGGCCGGACCGGCUUAGGGGGUCGCUCGCUGCCGUCGCUCCUCGCAGAGCGGCGGCCGGGGCGGCGGGGAGAGGAGGGGACUCUCACCCCGCACCCGCAUCCCGCACCCCGCCGUGGAGCCCGAGGGGAGAGAGGAGCACCGAGUGCGGCAGCGGCUGCCGGCAUUUGCUGGGGUGGGCAGGCAACCAGAGACAGGAGUCGCGCCAGCGGCUGGGAACGGGGAAUCCGCUCCGCGGAAACCUCGGGGUCAGAGAUACCUGGCUCAAAGGGGUUUUGAGGGGAAGGGGAAAUUGAAUGUAGACGCGUUUUGGUAGUUUUGCAGAAAUAAUCAAGUGCUGAAGGCAGAUCGUAGGCAGAUCAGGUAGAGGGAUGGAUCCCGCUGUUUUGGAUGCCGGCUUGAAUGUUUUGUUUACUUUUCUGUUUUGACCACUGCUAAAUGUGGAUUUUGCGAGCGAACCCGAUGGCGGUUGUUCCAUUGUUCCUUGUUUGAACGUAAAUCUUAGUCCUGCCGCUUGUGGAUUUUUUAUUUAUUUAUUUAUUUAUUUUUGGAAAGGACCAUUCCAGGUAGCUUUUGCGUCUGACAAAAUGAAGCCUUUGUAUUUUUCAAUCAAUUAUACCUAAUACUGACAUUCUGUUUGGUGCAAGAGACUUAAAGUGCUGCCUCACUCAGAGGACCAUUAAAGACUUUCUCGGUCGCUACAUGUAGCUGAAUGUGUUACGACACAUCCUUUCUCCCCCACCAAAUCUUCCUAAAGAUUUUUCCAAAAUGAAGAAAUUUAAUUUUCGCAAAGUUUUGGAUGGUUUAACUGCCGCAUCCCCUGUUGGAAGCAGUAGCGGUGGCAGUGGAAGUGGGGCUGGUGGCUCCGUGCACCCAGGAGGGACUGCGGGAGCUGCAGGGACACCCAGAGAGGAGAUCCAGGAGACGCUCACUUCAGAUUAUUUUCAAAUCUGCAAGACGGUUCGCCAUGGAUUUCCUUACCUACCCACUGCCUUAGCUUUUGACCCAGUUCAGAAAAUUCUGGCAAUUGGAACAAGAACAGGAGCCAUACGAAUAUUGGGCAGGCCUGGUGUUGAUUGCUACUGCCAACAUGAAAGUGGUGCUGCAGUUCUGCAGCUCCAGUUCUUAAUCAAUGAGGGUGCUUUGGUCAGUGCGUGUGCAGAUGACGCACUUCAUUUGUGGAACCUCCGACAGAAACGACCAGCUAUUCUACAUUCUCUGAAAUUUAACAGAGAAAGGAUUACUUACUGCCAUCUACCUUUCCAGAGUAAAUGGCUUUAUGUUGGAACAGAGAGAGGAAAUACACACAUUGUAAAUAUUGAGUCCUUCAUUCUUUCUGGAUAUGUCAUCAUGUGGAACAAGGCAAUAGAACUAUCCACCAAGACUCACCCUGGCCCAGUUGUACAUUUAAGUGACAGCCCAAGAGAUGAAGGAAAACUGUUGAUAGGCUAUGAAAAUGGGACCAUCGUGUUCUGGGACCUGCGAUCUAAAAGAGCUGAUCUGAGAGCUUAUUAUGAUGAGGCUAUUCAUUCUGUUGCUUGGCAUCAUGAAGGGAAGCAGUUCAUGUGUAGUCACUCUGAUGGCAGCUUGACCCUAUGGAAUCUAAAAAGCCCCAACAGACCAUUCCAGACCACAAUUCCACACGGAAAAGUCCAAAGAGAUGGAAAAAAACCUGAAUCUUGUAAACCAAUUCUUAAAGUAGAGUACAAGACCUGUAAAAACAGUGAACCAUUUGUGAUAUUUUCUGGUGGAUUGUCCUAUGAUAAGCCUUGUCGAAGACCAAGCUUAACAAUCAUGCAUGGGAAAGCAAUUACAGUUCUUGAAAUGGAUCAUCCUAUAGUCGAUUUUUUAACUCUUUGUGAAACCCCAUAUCCAAAUGAAUUUCAAGAACCCUAUGCUGUAGUUGUGCUUUUGGAAAAAGAUCUCAUUGUCGUUGACCUGACACAAAGCAAUUUUCCAAUCUUUGAAAAUCCAUAUCCUAUUGACAUUCAUGAGUCACCUGUUACCUGCACAGAAUAUUUUGCGGACUGUCCUCCAGAUUUGAUCCCUGUACUCUAUUCUGUAGGAGCAAAACAUAAAAAGCAAGGAUACAGCAAUAAGGAGUGGCCUAUCAGUGGUGGAGCAUGGAAUCUUGGAGCUCAGACAUAUCCUGAAAUCAUUAUUACAGGCCAUGCAGAUGGAUCAGUAAAAUUUUGGGAUGCUUCUGCCAUUACUCUACAGAUGUUAUACAAACUAAAAACAUCAAAGGUCUUUGAAAAACAGAAAGUGGGAGAAGGAAAAGCAACAGCUGAGAUUGUGGAAGAAGAUCCUUUUGCUGUUCAGAUGAUGUACUGGUGUCCUGAAAGCAGAAUUUUCUGUGUGGCAGGAGUUUCUGCAUAUGUGAUUGUUUACAGGUUCAGCAAACAUGAAGUAAAUACUGAAAUUGCAUCAUUAGAGGUACGACUUCAGUGCGAAGUAGAAGACAUCAUUACUCCUGAACCAGAAACAAAUCCUCCAUUUCCAGAUGCCUCCUCCCAGCCUCCUUCUUUAAAGAGCCUUUCAGGCAGUACCAACACUGUAGCAUGUGAAGGAACGAUGAAGGACAGCAUCCCAUGUCUUAGCGUUAAGGCUCGGCCUGUGCGGAUGCCUCCUGGCUACCAGGCAGAUCUGGUUAUCCAGCUGGUGUGGGUGGAUGGUGAGCCUCCACAACAGAUUACCAGCCUUGCUGUAAACUCUGCUUACGGACUAGUGGCGUUUGGGAACUGCAAUGGUUUGGCAGUCGUGGAUUUCAUGCAGAAAACAGUCCUGCUGAGCAUGGGCACCCUCGACCUCUAUGGAUCCAGCGAUCCGUACCAGCGGCAGCCCCGCUCGCCUCGCAAGAGCAGGCAGUUUGCUGCAGACAACUUUUGCAUGCGUGGCCUGUCUAACUUUUAUCCAGAUUUAACGAAACGGAUCCGUACUUCCUAUCAGAGCCUGACUGAACUCAGUGACAGUCCAGUUUCCCUGGAGCUUGAGCGUUGCAAGUCUCCCACUUCAGAUCACGUGAAUGGCCACUGCACAAGCCCAACAUCCCAGAGCUGCAGUUCAGGCAAGCGACUUUCCAGUGCAGAUGUGUCGAGAGCAAACCGCCGAGGGCCUGGCAGGCCCCCCUUCAGGAAAGCCCAGUCUGCAGCCUGCAUGGAGAUUUCUCUGCCAGUCACCACAGAAGAAAAUAGGGAAAACUCCUUCAGCCGUUCCCGAAGCUCCAGCGUGUCCAGUAUCGACAGGGACUCAAAAGAGGCAAUCACAGCUUUGUACUUCAUGGAGUCCUUUGCCCGAAAGAACGACUCUGCUGUUUCCUCCUGUCUCUGGGUCGGAACAGGCCUCGGAAUGGUCAUAAUCCUGUCCCUUAAUCUGCCUGCUAGUGACGAUUUACGGCAGUCAGAGCCAGUCAUGGUGUCACCAAGUGGCACCGUGCUGACACUGAAGGGAGCCGUGCUGACCUUCGCGUGCUUGGACUGCAUGGGGACAUUGACACAUCAGCCCUAUGAAGUAUGGAGGGAUCCACACAGUGCUGAUGAUGGUGACAAAACAAGGAAAAGGAAACUUGUCAUGCAUUCCCCUUCCUCCUCCCAGGAUAUGGGUGAUCAUCAAUUUGCAGUCAUUUGUUCAGAAAAACAAGCCAAAGUCUUCUCAUUGCCUUCCCAAACAUGUCUUUAUGUCCACAACAUCACCGAAACGUCCUUUUUAUUGCGAGCAGAUGUGGUCACCCUCUGUAACAGCGUCUGUCUGGCGUGCUUUUGUGCUAAUGGGCACAUCAUGACACUGAGCUUGCCCAGCCUUCGCCCUCUGCUGGACAUCAACUAUUUGCCUGUCACAGACAUGAGGAUAGCACGGACCUUUUGUUUCACUAACGAAGGGCAAGCUUUGUACCUGAGCUCUCCCACCGAGAUCCAGCGCCUGACCUACAGCCAGGAGAUGUGUGACAACCUGCAGGACAUGCUUGGGGAUUUGUUUACUCCUGUGGAAACACCAGAAGCCCAAAACAGAGGCUUCCUCAAAGGACUUUUUGGAGGAAGCGGACAAGCUUUUGACAGGGAGGAGCUUUUUGGCGAGGCCACAGCAGGAAAAGCCUCUCGCAGCCUGGCCCAGCACAUCCCUGGAUCUGGCGGGAUUGAAGGCGUGAGAGGAGCUGCGGGUGGGGUCAUUGGGGACCUGACUCGUGCGCGCAUUGCCCUGGACGAGAGGGGACAGAAACUGGGCGAGCUGGAUGAAAGGACUGCCAGCAUGAUGGCCAGCGCAGAGGCGUUUUCCAAACAUGCACACGAGGUGAUGCUCAAAUACAAGGACAAAAAGUGGUACCAGUUUUAGACUUUCAAAGAAGCUGCUUGUGGCUUUAUUAAGAACACUGUUCAGGGAAGCAACCUUUAUUCCCAGAUCUACAGUCACUGGCCAGAGACAGUUUUUUUCUCCUAGAAGAUGUUUUCCUGUUAUUGUUAUUGGAUUCAUCACAGUGGAUAUCAAGGAGAAGUUUUACAGACCGUGGGAUAGAAGCUGAAAUCAUGAGGGUCUUUCCAACAGCUGACUCUUGGGGUGGCUGAUUUUUUUCCAAAAGGAACUCAACCAUCACUGUGGCAUGUAGUUUUUCAGAAGCUGUAGGUAUGAACUAUGGGGAGUGCGUCUGGUUAAAAAUACUCUGUACAAACUCGAAUGUUAAUGCACUUAUAAAACUUUGCAUGACUAAUUGCCAACUUAAAAAAAAAAAAAAAAAGGAAAAUGAAGCAUGUUGUGACCGAAGAAAAAUGGGAUUUAUUUCUAUUCUGAGCAAAAAAAAAAAAAAAAAAAAAAAAGAAAAAGAAAAAGAAAAAAAAAAAACCAAGAAAAAAACACCUUCAAUGACAAAAAUAUUUAUUUUUUAAAAGUUAUAUUAUAAAAAGCCAGGACAUUUCAAGCAUGUUUGCUACUGUUCUCCACAUAAAAAUGAGUUGAGCUGCAUUUUCUUAUCUGCUAUUUAUUUCCCUUGAAAAGCCUUGCUCAAGGCAGUGCUCUUUAAAUCCUACCAGAAAAAAAAAAAUUAAAAUCCUAUCCCCAAAAUCUAACGAUUUUGCAGUUAGCUGGACAGGCACUAUCUAAAAAGAUGAUUAUGACAUGUGCAUAGAUGGUUUAUUUGCAAUUCAGAGCACAUGAAACAUCAUCCUAAUCUACACUUUUUAAAAUGUGCUCUAGAUCUAUCUGUUGUCCUUGAAGGGGGGCCAUGGCACUUUUCAUCCCCGUGGAGUCUGUUGCCUUAUUUCCCAGUAACAGGAAUAGAAAACCAGCUUUGGAAAGCAUUUCUUCAAGUUAGGAAAGGCAAGAUGGGAAACCACAGUCCCAUCAAACACUGCUCACAGAGGCUGCAGAGAAGCUUACAGAGCAGUUUAAAUGCUCAGCUGAAAUUAUGAGAGGGGUCCUGCACAGAAACCCCUCCAAAACCUUUGAGAGAAAGAGAGAUUAGAGCAGAAAUACUAUACAGUGGGCCAGGGGGGAGCAUGGAAAACCAUUGUCAUCACAUAUAGGAACACAGAUGUAAAGUGACACCAUGGGUGAGUGGCAAUUUAUACUCUGCUCACACUGCUAAAGGUUCUGCUUCUGCUUCAGUGUGGCUUGUUUGGUUUUUGCAGUGAAUGCUGCAGAAAACUCUGCAAUCCACAGCCAGAGAAGAGAACAGUAAGCUGGAUUUAUUGCCUAUCCUGUUCCACCCUAUCCUACAAGACUCACUGCCACACAUGCUAACUCUUAGGUUAGAAAUUUUUCCAAGAUUGGCUUGGAAACAAGGCACUGAAGGCUUGUUUUCAUGUAUCUGGACAGUGUCAAAUUAGAAAAAAGAAAUUGAGGAAAAGCUGGAAAAACAGCCUUUAAAAUUUUUCUUCUGAAGAAGUGUAACAUCUUCUGUCUCUUCAAGGAAUCCUGAUGGACACUGAUGGAGACAGGCACCAUCCCACUCCCACCUAGACCUUAACUUCACUGGUGUUUGUAUCAUCACAGUGUUCAGAUAAUCCCUCUCAAAGACAUAUUUUCCUUCUCCUUCCUUUACCUACAAUACAGCCCAGGAAGUUGUACCAUCCACAAGUCUGGCCUCACAAUUGGCCCUCUGCACAAGUAAAAGGGUUGGAAGAGAUUUGAGGUGUUAAGUUUUAAAUUCCCAUUGUAGCAGAAGAGCACUGCAUGAUUUACAGGAUUUUUACAUUUUGCUGCAUUCAAAAUCAAAAUGAUGGCCCUGACAGGUUUAGCUCAACUUGGAAUGAGACACCACAAGUUUGGAACAGGAGAAACUGCUCUAUGGUGUCAGAACUGUAGAAACUUACAGGGGAAAAAGGUCAAAGCCUGAGCAGUGCCUGGGCUUCUGCUGAGAGCUAAGGAAAUGGAGCUGUCCAGGACCCAAGAGGAUUUCUCUGUGUGUAUGUGUGUAAGGAUAAGCCAAGCUUGCCAAUCUGAUGCCAAUAGGGACUGAGUUGGGGAAUUCCUUCCAAAGCUGGGUCACAGAAGUAGCCACUUGUGCCUGUGAGGAAGCACUGGUCUAACCAGGCAUUGAGGAUGAAAAAUAAAGGAGAACAUGAUAGCAAUUUGAUCUUCAGUUCAACCUCUAUUCACUGGGCCUGUGCUCUGGCCUGUAAUCCAAAUCUGCUGGUCUCUGGCCAACAAAAUCAUCUAGGGCAGCAUUCAAAAUGUCCAGCAGCCAGCUUAUUUUCCAUUCUGCCCUGGUGUGUGGCAGUCAGAAGCAGCCCCAGAGUCUGAUUGGAAUCAUGGGCUCUUUGAAGAAAAUUUAAGAGCAACUUCUGACUGCUGAUCACUGCAGCUCACCCAGAGAGAAAAGUGUCCUCAACAAGUCUUUUACACAAGGCCCAACUGACUCUGGCUGCCAAGAGUCUCUAACACCAGGGUGAAAAAAAAAACUGCCACUAGAUUUCCAUUUGCAUUUUUAUGCAACAGAGAAAUGAGAAUUUAGCUGCCCUCAAACUUAAAAUUUUUAAUACUAAACUUUUAAGCAACUUUUCUUUAGUACUCCCCAUCAGGUCACAGCUUUCCACUCUUACAUAUUUUACAUAUUUCCAGACAGUUGCCAAUUACCAUUUCUGUUAAGUUCACCACUUGUGACUAUAAUUAUCAAUUUUCUUGUAGUCUGUAGAGAUCUAAAAAGUUGUAUAUGUUUGUAUAUAGAACAUUCUAUAUAUAUAAUAUAUAUAUGUAAUGUAUAUGUUGUAUAAGUUUGUUAGUGCACACUGUUAAAUGCUUUCUAUCAAGAUUUGCCAUGUAUGUGGAAAAAACCCAUCACUUAAAAAGUUCAGUGAGGGAGGAAAAACUCUUGCCUGGGUGAUUUAUUGUGAAAUGAGGGGGAGUGUGGGAUUUUUGUAAGGCUUGCCCUGAAUGCUGCUCAAGGCUGUCAGUGACAGGCAUGAAGCUGCAGCAUUCCCAGCGAGGAGCACAGCAUCUGACUCUGAGAAAGACUGGAGGACUGGCUGGAGGAAAAUCAAGGACAUUGGCUGUCACUGGAUGUUGAAAUCUUUCUGUGCUUUCACCUUUCCCCACUCAGACAGCACCACCUCAAGCAAAAUCCCAAGCUUAGAUGUCUCUUCAGCCUUGCAAUCCUCAGCUACAGCAGGCCAGGUUGGCUGGAAGUAUUGGUUCCAUUUAAAAUGCUCUUUGUUCAUUUGGGUACUUUGUUCUCUCACAUUCUUCUCUCCAGGAGCUCUGUCACAAUCACAUUCAAAACCAGUUACACAGAACUUCCAACAGCACACACACCUUUGGGUUUGACUAGAUGUUUGUAAUCUUAUGUCAAGUGCUGUAGAUAGACAGGAAAAAAUGCAUUAAAUUAGAUUAUUUAUAAGUCUGCAGAGUUGGCAAGUCUUCAAUGAAGUACAAGCUACUUUAUUUAUUAAUAAAAAAAAUUAAAUCCAUUCCUAGAGCUUUAACUUCAGUUGCAAACCUUGAAUUAAAAGACAUGACAAUUGAAA